AUGAGGAUAUUUGGCCAAGUUGUUUUUUUGCUAUUGCUGGGGAUGAACUGGUGUAAGAAUACAAAAGUCCAGUCCGCCAAGAAAUCUACACUUCGGAACCAAGCAAACAUUGGCGUCCAGACUUCACCCGAGGCUGCUUUCUCCACUGGGAGCGUUUCAAACAAUCGAGGUACUGGAGACAACGGUGGAGGUGAAUCAACAAGGGAAGAUGUUGCUGGAGCUCGAGCAACUAAACAGCAGGCAGAUGAAAUGAAGCUGCACUUUCUCAAAAACCCGCACGUUACAUGUAAUGAUGGGACACCAGCUGGGUUCUACCUAAAAGAGAUCAAAGGGAGCCGCAGAUGGCUGUUAUUUCUGGAAGGUGGCUGGUGCUGCUACAGCAAAGAGACCUGUGAUUCCAGGUACCAAAAUAUUCCUCGACUAAUGAGCUCAACAGGGUGGCCUCUGACAAAAAGUGGUCGUGGCAUACUGUCUUCCCAAGUGGAGGAGAAUCCUUAUUGGCACAGCACAAACAUUGUAGUCAUCCCAUAUUGCUCUAGUGAUGUUUGGAGUGGCACCGGGCCUGCCCCGACUCCUCCUCCAAAGCAACGACAGGAGAGAGAGAAAGAUCGGGAUAGAAAUAAAAAUGCAACUGAGUAUGCUUUCAUGGGAUCACUUAUUAUCCGAGAGGUCAUCAAAGACCUUAUUCCCAAAGGAAUCAAGCAGGCCAAGGUUGUUUUGUUGUCUGGCACAAGUGCUGGGGGUACAGGAGUCUUGCUGAAUAUUGAGCGUGUUGCCAGUUAUCUGGAGCAGUUGGGUGCAGAGGCACAGGUCCGAGGUCUGGUCGACUCUGGUUGGUUUCUUGAAAGUAAACACCAGAGAUCACCGGACUGCCCUGAAACGGUUACUUGCUCACCUGAAGAUGCUAUAAAGGUCGGCCUCAGGUUGUGGAAUGGCAUAGUGCCUGACAGGUGCCGUCACCUCUAUAAGAAAGGGGAAGAAUGGCAAUGCUUCUUUGGCUACAAGCUGUAUUCAACCUUGACUUCACCCUUAUUUGUUGUGCAAUGGCUGUUUGAUGAGGAACAACUUAGGGUGGAGAACAUCUACAUUGGAGGACAGCACAUGAGCAAUGAACAAUGGCAGUACAUACAGAACCUAGGCACAGAGAUGAAGAACUCCUUAAGAGAUGUCGCAGCAGUAUUCGCUCCUUCCUGCCUUUCUCAUACAGUGAUCACCAAAAGCAACUGGAACACUUUCCAAAUUAGGGGCACUUCUUUGCCACGCGCCCUGCACUGCUGGGACAGAAGCCUGGAAGCCACUCGUAACAACAGAACUCCAGCCAAAGGAUGUCCGUUCUACUUAAUGGAUGAUUGCCAUUGGCCUCAGUGUAACCCCACCUGCCCCACCUUGGUAAACCAGGCAACCCAACAGGAGCUCACCUUGCCUCAGAUGCUGGUAGCCAUGGGACUUGACCUUCGGAGGCUAGGCUUGAACCCCAAAAAGGAUGCAGAUUUCCUUGCAAGCAUGGGCAGCAAUGGUGGCUAA